CUCAAGCAGCUGAUUUUCUCUGCCUGUUUCGUGAAAUAAAUAUAUAUCAAUAACAGGUUAACGACCAUCUUAGUAAGUAGUAAAUACAAGCAAAGACAUUUUCCUGGAAAUUACAGUGAAUUGGUUGAAGUCCAACCACGGAAAUGGCGUUGUGUUUUGUUGUGUUACUCCGAUCACUAGCAGUAGCAGAUAAACGGGUUUCAACUUGGGAAAAAGCAGAAAGAAAAACAAAAAAGAUUCAUUCUCCAAUGAUUCCGAAAUACAUUGAAUUAGUGAUUCUUGUUUCCUCUCUUUGUCUAGUUUCACAAGUUUGCUAUGCCGACCCUCCUUUUGAGAUUUGCUCCAGCCAUGAAAAUGGGAGCACCUUCCAGAACAAUCUAAACAACCUUCUCCAAUCCCUACCGUCCAAUGCAUCAGCCUCUAAGUUCUAUAACACAUCAUAUGGGAACACCACAGAAAGAGUGUAUGGGCUCUACAUGUGCCUUGACUUCAUCUCAAGCAAGGGUUGCCAGAACUGCAUAGCCACCGCAAUAGAGGACAUCCUCAAACUCUGUCCCCAAUCACAAGAAGCUGUUCUUUGGGAGGAGAGCUGUCAGAUACGUUAUUCCAAUACCAACUUCAUCGGCACGCUGAAUGACACAGGGAACAUAGGCAAAGACAAUGUUCAAAAUGUGUCAGAACCACACAAAUUUCAGUCUUCUGUGGACCAGAUGCUGAGUAAUCUUUCGGCCACCGCAGCCUUUAAUGUUUCGGCAAACAUGUAUGCCACCGGAGAAGCUCCCUUUGGAGAUGAAACAAUAUAUGCCUUAGUGCAGUGCACAAGAGAUUUAUCAUCCAAUGAUUGCAGCAAGUGCCUCAAAAGUGCUAUGAGAGACAUACCAAGUUGUUGCUAUGGCUCCAUCGGUGCCAGAGUCCUGAGCCGCAGUUGUUACCUCAGAUAUGAAUUUUAUCCCUUCUAUCUUGGUGCCACAGGGCCGUUAAGUCCUUCACCCCACACAAAUCAAGGCAAAAAUAGUUCAAGGUCGAGCAAAGUAUGGAUUAUUACGGGAAUUGCGGUUGCACUUGUCCUAUGCUUGACAAUUAUUUUCAUUUAUUGCAUGUACUUUACACGGAACAAGAAAACACACAAGCGGGAUGAAGCAGUGUUCCAUCAUCCAGAUUUUCCACGAUUACAUGGCGUAAUAUCCGAGGACUCCCCUUAUAUUGAUUUUGGAUCACUUUGUGUUGCUACCAAAAACUUUUCUGAUUCAAAUAAACUUGGACAAGGUGGCUUUGGUCCAGUUUACAAGGGGAUUCUAAGCAAUGAGCAGGAGGUAGCAAUCAAGAGGCUCUCAACCUGUUCUGAGCAGGGCUCAGAGGAAUUCAUAAACGAGGUUCUGCUCAUAAUGAAGCUUCAACACAAAAAUCUUGUAAAGCUUCUUGGAUUUUGUGUAGAUGGGGAAGAGAAGCUUCUUGUAUAUGAAUAUUUGCCCAACGGUAGCCUUGAUGUACUCCUUUUCGAUCCCAACCAACGUGCAACGCUGGUUUGGACGAAACGCCUUGAUAUAAUAGAAGGAUUAGCAAAAGGAAUUCUUUAUCUUCACGAAGAUUCUCGACUUAAAAUUAUCCAUAGAGACCUAAAAGCAAGUAAUGUGUUGUUAGACUCUGACAUGAAUCCAAAGAUCUCAGACUUUGGAAUGGCAAAAAUAUUCGCAGGGAAUGAGGGCGAAGCUAACACGGCUACAAUAGUUGGCACAUAUGGAUACAUGGCACCGGAGUAUGCUAUGGAGGGACUAUAUUCCAUAAAAUCUGAUGUUUUUGCAUAUGGAGUACUAGUUCUUGAGAUCAUUACAGGGAAGCAUAACGCAGGCUUCUUCCACUCUAAAAGUACUCCUAGUCUUCUAACAUAUGCAUGGCAUCUAUGGAAUGAGGGGAAGGGACUAGAGUUAAAGGAUCCCUUGUUAGGUGAUUCAUGCCAAGAAGAUGAGUUCUUGAGAUGCAUGAAUAUUGGACUGCUGUGUGUUCAAGAAGAUGCAUAUGAUAGGCCAAGCAUGUCUUCUGUUGUUCUAAUGUUGAAGAAUGAAUCAGCAAUGGUUGGCCAACCAGCGCGACCACCUUUCUCAGUAGGGAAAUUCAAUGACAAUGAUGGGCUGCACCCACACUCUAAACAAUGCUCUAUCACUUUCUUAACUGAUUCUGACAUAUUAUUGCCUCGUGACUGAAGUUUAAACUUCUUGUGUAUUGUGGUAUUGAAAUGUUCGUGAGUUAGUUAUAGAAUUCUGAAUUCUGAUGGUUUCAAACUACCGGUACUAUCACAUUUUCUCGAACUUCUCUGAGCUACGUCUAAAUAUAAUAAAACUUGGUUUAGUUUCGAGUAGGUUGCCCUUCUACCAGUUAUGCAAUAUACUUAUUAGUUAGCAACUUAGCAUUAAUAUAUUUUGAAUAUAUAGUAUUUAAAAUAUGGUAGCGGAUUGUGGGUGUUGGGAUGGGAUAGAAUGGGUAUGGAACUUUUCAGUGGAGGGAAGAGUUAUUCUAAUGGAAACUUGAGUUGCUCAAUCAAUUCCAUAACCGAUUGCGACUUGUAAGAAUGUCGCCUAGUACAGAGGAUACAAUUGUAUGGAAUUUUGAUAAAACAGGUAUAUAUUCUACAAAUUUUUUUGUGCAGGUGCGGCAGAAAGAGAUUCUCCCAGAAGACAUCACAAGCUAUAGUUUUACUAGAGAGGAUUGGUUCUUCCAAGAAUAGAGCUUUUUGCAUAGUUUGUCCUAAUAGGCAGGAUCAACACUAAAAAGAGACUGAGUAGGCUAGGAAUCAUACCACAUAGCGAUAAGAUUUGUAUUUUGUGUAAAAAUGAAAUAGAAUUUGUGCACCAUUUAUUUUUUGGCUGUGAAUUUACUUUGCAGGUGUGGUGCGCUUGGUUGACGAGUGCAGACAGAGCUUGGGUUAUUCCGGAGACUGUCAAAGAACUGUUUGAGAGUUGGAUGGAAGUGGUAGAUAGGAUUCUUUGCGGUUAUCUAGAACAUCUGGUUAGAACGGAAUAGCAGAAUCUUCCAGAAAUUGGAGACAAGUGUUGAUGGAAUCAAGAAUAAGUCGUUUCUGAGUUAUAAGGAAUGGUGUGGCGUUGAUCCAUUUAGUUGUCGAUGGCAAUGCCGGAGAUGACAACGGAUUCUACCUCAGAGUUAUGUAUCUUUAUUUUGGUUUCUCUGUUGUUAUCUUGUUCAUACUUGCUCCACUUUAAUGUGUUAAGCUCUCUUUCUUCAAAAAAAGUAUCUAUGUUUAGGUGAAUUCUAUCGUACCCUCUCUAAAAUAAAGGGUAAAUUACCCCUUGUAAUAUAUAUAUUGAAAGUGAUUCACCAGAUGAGUUUUA